AACUUGCCCUGCUUUUCAGACAAAGCCUUGUUUGUUCGAAAGCUCUAACCAAUGACACCGCAAUUUAAUAAACUAGUCCUACUCAUGUAUUUUAUAGAAGCGACAACACAGCAUUUCAAUCCCUGCCCACGUGCGCGCUCGUAUCCAUUCGGUUUGUAUACAAACAUUGCUUCCCCUCCACGAUCAAAGUUCAUUUUCAUUGAUGACUAGACCUUGACCAUGCGCACAAUUUUCCCGCCUUUCGUGCUGGUACCGUACCGGCGGCAACCACAUUCGGAGCAUUCAUUCAUUCAUGACGUCAGGUCCCACAGUGUUUCAAAGCCAAGUUGUAAAGGAAUGGCAACGGGUGGCCCCGGCUGACUGUGGACGAACCGAUAAAGAUGCAAACGAUUCCGAUUGCAAAGACCCAGUAGCACACAGCAUUCAAACGGAACGGCCCGACACAGCCGGUGGCAGUAGCUGUCUGACAACGCGGACGGUGUAACUCCGACACACGGAUCCCGCCGAAUCGCGCACAAGGGCAGAGUGUCUACAGCAAUUCUGCACAAUCAGCAGAUCCAGCAGCGAUGCGAUGCUCUUCCGCUGUAGUCAGUAGUGUUUUCGAUUUCAACCGAGACGAACGUACUACUCGCGAGCUCCACUGGAUUAACAGGAUACUGUUCCAAAUGGAUAUUGCUGCUGUGUUGAAGUUUAAAGACUUAUGCAGAUGAUCAUCUACAACUGUGAUUGACGGAUUUUGGUGCGUGCAAGAACUCACAUUUCGGAGACAAAGGAAAUGAGCUAUGACAUCAACGUGAAAUGAGUGGUUUUACAUCGAGCGUUCGUAUCCGGCAAAAAGUGUAUUCCACAGAUAAACAACGGGGUUCCAAUUGAAAGAAUCAACAAAUUGAAUCAGAAACGCGCGCGUUUGAUGAAUGCUUGAGUGAUAAAUGACUAUCGCUGUCAGAAAGCGAGCAAAGUGAAGCAGUUCUUCAAAUCUUAAAAUGGAGCGGCUAUAAAAACGCCGAUACCGAGUUUCAAUCGGUUUUCGACCAUCGUCUCCAUCAUCAUCAACGGAUUAUUUACUCGGAGAAAUGAAAAAAGUUUUCCUUGCCAGUGAGUGUUUAUCCAGAGAUUCCAAUAUCUCAACCGAAUGAGAAGAAGCAGUUAAGUGUACGGCAAUCGCUGUUAAAGCAGAGAUUCAACCCAUUCCCGAUCUAAUUAUUGAUACGGGUGUUUACUGUUGUGGUUUCUGUGAUCUUAGAGUUUUUUUAAACCAUAUUUUUUCCGGAACGAGGAGUGCAGCCAAUAUCGGCGUAGCAGGAAGUGUCUUCUAGGGAGUGCUUGAAUUUUAGUGUGUUUAAAAAGGAAAAAAAUAUCAAUCCCUUUUCAGUACAGGUAUUGGUUUGAACGACCUACUCCGUGAACCAGGAUUGCUGCUUAUCAAAUGACUUAGAAUCGAUUACGAAUACCCGGAACCGUUACCGAGCUGUUUUAGUUAGCCAAGAAAAUAUGAAGAAAACAAUCGCCGACUGAUACAACUGCCGUCAAUUAUGGAGCCAUUGCACAUACAACACUAGUCGUGAUAUUCCCAAAUAUCCUUACUCCGAACCCCCAAAUCAUCAAAAACCCAGCGUGAACCAUGCUGGACCCGGUCGGUGGUAAAAGAGAGUCAAUCUUUGGCUCUGGCUACCCACCACCCGACAGUGUCAGCAACGGAAGCAUCCCGGACCGGGUGUACGGCAGUGUCAUCUUUCAGGAAUCUGCUGGCAGUGCACGCGACUACAUUGGCGUCGUCGACGAGUUCGCCCUGCUGGAGACCCUGUUCAACAACUACACCAACGAAGUUGCCAACGUGUCAACCACGGAAGUGCCAUACACACCGUACGUGCGGAGGCCGGAAACCUACAUCGUGCCGAUACUGUUCGCCGCUAUAUUCAUCGUUGGCGUGCUGGGCAACGGGACGCUUAUCAUCGUGUUCCUGCGACAUCGGGCCAUGCGAAAUGUACCUAACACAUAUAUAUUAUCAUUAGCGCUGGCGGACUUGCUGCUCAUCGUGACAACCGUUCCGUUUACGUCAAUUCUCUACACGGUGGACUCGUGGCCUUGGGGUAGCUUGCUCUGCACUUCGUCCGAGUUCAUCAAGGACGUCUCAAUCGGGGUGUCAGUAUUCACGCUGACUGCCCUUUCCGGCGAUCGGUUCUUCGCCAUCGUUGACCCGCUGCGGAAGUUCCACGCUCAUGGUGGCGGACGGAAGGCAACGAGGAUGACCAUCACCAUUGCUGUCCUGAUAUGGAUACUGGCGAUUAUUUUCGCCGUUCCCGCCAUCCUGGGGUCGCAUAUCAGGACGGAAAAAGUGAACAAGGACGUUACGAUCGACUUUUGCUACCCAUUUCCGGGCAAGUGGGGCCCGGAAUACGCCCGCGGUAUUGUGCUUGGCAAGUUCCUUGCCUACUACGCGGUGCCACUGUGUAUAAUAGCAAUCUUCUACGCGCUGAUAGCCCGCCAUCUGAUACACAGUGCCAAACAUGUGCCUGGAGAAACGCAGGGAACGGUGAGGCAGGUUAAAGCGAGACGAAAAGUUGCCGUCACCGUGCUGGCGUUUGUCGUGAUAUUUGGGAUCUGCUUCCUGCCGUCGCAUCUCUUCAUGCUGUGGUUUUACUACAAUCCCAAUUCCCAGGAAGACUAUAAUCACUUUUGGCACGUAUUGCGGAUAGUGGGCUUUUGUCUAUCGUUCGCCAAUAGCUGUGCCAAUCCGGUUGCGUUGUAUUGCGUGAGCGGAGCGUUCCGCAAGCAUUUCAAUAGGUACUUGCUGUGCGAAGGGUCUUCCAGAGCUCGCCGGCGCCGUGGGGACAACCUGGGCCCCCGGGACACAUCAAUGACGAGCACCAUGUCCAGGCGGUAUCCCAGCAAACGGAUCGGAACGCAUUCUGUGCGAGUAAAUAUCCAGGAAACUACCAUCAUCAUGCUGCCAAACGGAACGAACACAAACGGAAACCAUCUGGGCACCAAUCAACCGGAUAGAGAUGGAAUCUGUCCCUCGUAAUAGAAGCACUAUUUUCACAAGUGAAACGCCUACGGAAUAAAUUCACCCCCUACAGCCAACGGCGGCACGUUCAAGUGCUGUGACCAUUGCAUACAGCUGUAAAAUCUACAUGACUUUGCUUGCACCACACCCCGAAGAUAGAAGAUACAGAAGGAAACAUUUUCGUACACAGCACAAUUGACGGUAUCAAUCACGAAAGCUGUCAACCGCACAUCGCAUUCCGUCUGUUUCAACCACCCACAUCUAGCAGCAAAGGACCAACAGGGUGGUGGCGUUUCGCUUUAGUUAGAAUUAAAUGUGAAACCCGAGCGAAGAUUUAUCUAAAUUGAGAAAAAGCGGCUCCCGGAAUGUCCUGCAGCAAUCUGGACCUGUAAGUAUGAAAAGGUCGUUGGGUCCACUCUGAUGGCCGUGCCAACCAUUGUUCGGAGACAAUGCGAUAAGUUGUCGGUAAAGAUGGUAUAAAAACGAUGAGUCCUUUCCGGUUCGCCCAGCAGACGGCGGCUCACGUACGUAGAAAUGCGAAAGAAUGUGCACAGAUAUAGAUCCCUGCAGCCUUCCCGAAAGAUGGCCGAGUGCUUACCGCUUCCCGGUAAGUAGGAAUCAGCUUGCACAAUUUCGUAGCCAAAGGUUGGUCCCGGGCCAAAUGUUCCACUGGUCGAGCAAUCUCAAAAGAGACUUUUCCAAGAAGCAAACAGAACGCCGGGGCAGCCGGAACAGCACACGAACAGAUAGAGAUAACAGAAAAUAAUUGGGUCUAAUUACAGUUUUUGCCUGCUGCACUUCAUUCGAAUUGUGGCUUUGUGACGAGCAAAGAACGUUGUAGUGUGCUUCUAGCCUUGUGAAAACGUUGUGCCCGAGUGCAUAUAAAAUAUGCCUGUCCUGGGAGAGACGAAGAGAUAGUAUGAUUUGCAUUUAAAAUUCGAAGUUGUGUUUUAUUUUUUUAGAUCGUAGUAGUAAAUAGUGCACUAAGCGAAUACAGCAAUCCUUCCUUCAUUUGCAUUGGUCUCAAGUGAUCAUCCAUCAGUGCGGAUAUUUACGUUUUAUUUAUAGACAUAGAUGGAGACCGGUGGAGAGUGUAAUUGUAGAGAAUUGAUUCUCAUCGAAAAUAUACCAGUUACAAAUUAUCGUGCGUCUCCAUCACACGAUGGAGCCAAGAGAGUUGCAGUAUCGGAUCCCGCUCAGAAGAAAAUGCCACAGUCAUACUGAAACAAGUAAUUUACUUGGAUACUUUGUAAAACGGCGAAAGGCAGAACGAUGAAUGCCAAAACGUCGAAAGGGCAAAAUAUCGAAAACGAGAAAUCUUGUAAAGGCAACCCAUUCUAUCAAUUCAAUCAUCUUCUAUUUGUUAGUAUUUACUGCUACAU